GUAUUGGCAGUGGAAGUGCACCUCUUGCUCAGUGUGUGGAUCUGGCAUCACGGCCUGGGCGAGCCCAACAGUGGAGACGUUGUAAACAUUUGAUUAUUGAUGAAAUCUCAAUGGUUGAGUCCACCUAUUUUGAUAAACUUGAAGCAGUUGCCCGCGCUGUGAGAAAAAAAGAAAAUAUCCCAUUUGGUGGAAUUCAACUGAUUUUAUCAGGAGAUUUCUUACAGCUUCCUCCUGUAACAAAACAACAAGGACCCAAAAAGUUUUGCUUUCAGGCAGAAAGUUGGAGUGAAUGUGUUGAAACAACCAUUGAGCUUAAACAUGUCUUUAGACAAAAAGAUCCACUCUUUAUCUCGAUUCUUCAGAAUGUGCGAGUUGGAAGUUGUUCAGAUGUUCUUGUAUCCAAGUUAACUGCAACUAAGAAUCAACUAAUAGAACAAGGAGGAAUACUUGCUACCAAGCUUUGCACCCACAAGGAAAACGUCAAUCAGAUAAAUGACAUACAUUUGACAAGACUACCUGGUGAAAAGAAGGUAUUUGAAGCAACUGACAGUGACAGUGGAAUGAGCGCAAUGCUUGACAGUCAUGUUCCUGUGUCUUGCGUUUUGGAAUUAAAAGUAGGAGCACAGGUGAUGCUGGCUAAGAACUUGAAUGUCUCGAAAGGACUUGUCAAUGGUGCUCGUGGAAUAAUCAAAGGAUUUGACGAGGGAUCUGCUGGUUACCCUAUUGUCAAGUUUGUUUCUGGGAUUGAAGAGAUCAUUGGUUCUGAAAAGUGGGUUGUAUCAACACCUGGUGGAGGAACAGUCACUCGGCGACAGCUGCCACUUAAAUUAGCAUGGGCAGUGUCCAUACACAAAAGCCAGGGUAUGACACUGGAUUGUGUUGAAAUCUCUCUGUCAAGAGUCUUUGAAUAUGGCCAAGCUUAUGUUGCACUUUCAAGAGCCCGCAGUCUUCAAGGCCUCCGAGUUUUGGACUUUGAUAGCAAGUGUGUACGCGCUCACCCUGAUGUCUUGCGUUACUAUGCAAGGCUGCAGCGGGAUACAAAAGUCAAGAAAGCCAACACUGAUCCCUUCAACUUUCAGAAUGAAGACAAAGAAAAUAUUUACCCUUGCUAAGUGAAGUAUUCAAAUACCAACAGUCAGUACAAGACCUGUGGUAAGAAGGGAGAAAGGAAAAAGGAAGUUGACAAGAAAAGGACAACAAUCUGAGCUGUAAUUUCUUGCUCAUGCAAUGUUUCAAGCAUUUAUCUGAUCCCAAGAGACUAACACACACCACUUCAGAUAAGACUCAGAGACUAAGAGACACACCCUAUUAGUUAUGUAAUUGAUUACACUGUAUAUUUCUUUGCUCCAAACACUGCUUGUAGAGGAUUGUAAAAAAGAUUUUUCAUAAAUACCUGCAUAAUGAAAAUAUUUUUAAUUAAUUUAAACUAUUUUAACUUGUUUUAUUUAUUACAUAUUUUUUUAUUCUGGUGAAGACUCCUACAUAUAAGUUAUUGCCUAAAGAUCAGCAAACAUAAGAUAACAAAGAUACCCUGUAGUGAUAAAUAAAGCUAAAGCAUAAUAAAAUUAUUGUUUUUGAAGCUAAUUUGUUUUUGUUUUUCACCUGAGUUGAUAAUGUAAAUUAGCCCUUGUAAACAGUUUCUAGCCCUUCUUUGGAGCUU